ACAUUUCACGGUGUGAUGUUAACGUAUUCUAACGAUUUAUUAGUAUGUAUAGUUCUUGAAUUCGAGCUUAUACGAAUAUCUCAGUUGUAUAUAAAUUUAUCAUUAUUUUGAUCCUCAUCACGCCAUAUUUCAAUUCAAGUAUUUGCUUAAUUUUUUAUUGGUACCUGCCUACUUACUACACUGAAUUACCACUCUUAUUAUCAACAUCUCACUUUAUCGGUAGGUGCACCUAUUGAUCGUUAGUUGUCGAGUAAACAGAAAUUUUAUAUUAAUUAAACAGUUAAACAUUUUUUAAUAUUUAAUCGCUUAUCAUGAAAGCUGUAAAUAAAUGUCUGUCUUUAACAUAAUAAAAAUGUACACGAAAUACAACAAAAUUCAAUUCAAAAUCUCGUCGAAAAUUUGAUGGUAUCAAGGCGAUAUCACAUACGUAUUUUUAUCAGUUUUAGACGAACGCGAAUUGAUUUCCAGGUCAAUCAAUAAAUAUAUUUCAUAUUUGUCAAAAUAUAAAUAUACAAUACAGGAUGGAAAACGUCGAGGUGAAGUCAAAAAUUUUGACUUUGGCGUCAUUCUGGAUAUUGGGUCUAUGCAAUAACUUUGGAUAUGUAGUGAUGUUGAGUAGCGCUCACGACAUUUUAAAAUCUAAUUCCGGCACGUCGGAAGGCAACGAAACAGUUAGCCUCAAUUCCACUCAAGAAGGAUUUAAAAGAGAGUGUAAUCAUUUGUCGACCGGCGUUAUACUUUUGGCCGAUAUAAUACCUGGACUGUUAAUCAAGACUUUCUCACCAUUUUUCGCGUUGUAUAUCAACCAGAGACUAUCAUUGUGUAUUUCACUGACAAUCGCUAGUUUUAUAACUGUAGCAAAAGCGAAUAAUGAACUAGUUGCUGCCGUCGGUGUAGCACUUACAUCCUUGGCUUCAGGUCUAGGAGAAUCAACACUUUUAUCUUACAUGGUCAACUAUGAACGGAGUGUAAUUACAUCUUGGUCGUCAGGAACGGGCGCUGCUGGUAUAUUAGGAGCGUUGACGUAUGCAGGAUUGACUGGCGUUUUUCAUUUAUCUCCGACCACUACAAUGUACUUAAUGCUUUCGGUGCCAUUUUUAAUGGCUGUAACGUUUUGGGUAUUGUUAGAACAUCCGAAAAAAGAAGAAAUUCCAACGAUACCUAGCGAUUGUCCUGAAUUCAAUACAAACACUCAGAGUUUUUCGAAAAAACUAUCAUAUGUGCCCUCGUUGUUGAAAUUUAUGAUUCCUUUAGGAUUAGUGUACUUCUUUGAGUAUCUCAUCAAUCAAGGAUUAUUUGAGUUGGUUUAUUUUGAAAAAAUAUGGUUGACACAUGCCGAGCAAUACAGAUGGUACCAAGUCAUAUAUCAGUUGGGCGUUUUCAUUUCUAGAACUUCAGUGAAUCUCUUUCCGAUUGAAAAAAUUUGGAUUUUGACAGUAUUGCAGGGUCUCAACGUCGUAUACUUUUUAAUUGAAACGCUUUACUCUUUCACGCCAAAUAUAUAUAUUAUAUUCAUUAUGAUAGGAUUCGAAGGUUUAUUUGGAGGAGGAGCGUAUGCUAACUCGUAUCAUAAGAUCAUGAAAAAAGUUCCGAAAGAGCAUCAAGAAUUUUCAAUGGCCAUGACGUCACUUUCUGACUCGAUCGGUAUUACAUUUGCCGGACUAUUGGCGAUUCCGUUACACAACCGAAUUUGUCAUAUAUCGAAAUAAGUUUACUUAUUGAUAAUAAUUGAUACUGUAUCUAUAAACAAAUAAGAGUUUUUGUACUAGAAAAAUUAGUUUAAGAAUAUU